AUGGCGUGUUUAUAUAUACCGAUCCAGAACUCAAAAGAGGUGGUGCAGGUGGCACUGGACCAGUUACCCUGUGAUGCCACUGACAUCCUCGACAUUCUAAAGGCCGAGGAAGCUCCUCUUGGUCUCUGGCUCACCAUCGCUAGGGAGUAUUUCAAACAAGGAAAACUCGAACAGUUUCGACAAAUAUUGGAAGAAGGGUCUAGUCCAGAAAUUGAUAAACACUUUGCAGAGCUGAGAUAUGAGAGGAUUGCCAUUCUAAAUGCUUUGGGAACGUAUUAUAGCUAUCUAGGAAAAAUAGAGACAAAACAAAGAGAAAAGGAAGAGCAUUUCAUUACGGCUUCACAAUACUAUAACAAGGCAUCAAAAAUUGACACACGUGAGCCUUCAACAUGGAUAGGGAAAGAAAUUGAUAAACACUUUGCAGAGCUGAGAUAUGAGAGGAUUGCCAUUCUAAAUGCUUUGGGAACGUAUUAUAGCUAUCUAGGAAAAAUAGAGACAAAACAAAGAGAAAAGGAAGAGCAUUUCAUUACGGCUUCACAAUACUAUAACAAGGCAUCAAAAAUUGACACACAUGAGCCUUCAACAUGGAUAGGGAAAGGUCAGCUUUUACUGGCCAAAGGCGAUAUUGAACAGGCAUUUAAUGCAUUCAAGAUUGUAUUGGACGGAGAUCAUGAUAAUGUUCCUGCUCUUCUUGGUCAGGCCUGUGUCUACUUCAAUCGUGGUCAAUAUUCAGAUUCGUUGGAGUUACAUAAGAGGGCCUUGCAAGUGUAUCCUCAGUGUCCUGCAGCAGUAAGACUUGGGAUAGCUCUUUGUCAAUACAAAUUGGGUCGUCUUGAAAAGGCUAAACAAGCAUUUCAUCGAGUUUUACAGGCAAAUCCAGAAAAUGUCGAGGCUCUUGUAGCACUUGGAAUUUCAGAUUUGCAAACUAAUGAAGCUAAUGGCAUUAGGAGUGGAAUGGAAAAAAUGCAGAGAGCUUUCGAGAUAUAUCCAUACUGCGCUACGUCACUGAAUCAUCUGGCCAAUCAUUUCUUCUUCACUGGUCAGCAUUUCCUAGUUGAGCAACUGACUGAAACCGCACUUUCUGCGACGACUAAUGGCCCAACAAAGUCACAUUCAUUCUACAAUUUAGCCCGAUCUUACCAUACCAAGGGGGACUAUGAAAAUGCUGGAAGGUAUUAUAUGGCGUCUGUCAAAGAAAGCAACAAGCCUUCUGAAUUUGUAUUGCCUUAUUAUGGUUUGGGGCAAGUUCAAAUGAAAUUGGGAGAUCUGAGAAAUGCCUCAUCAAAUUUCGAAAAAGUCUUGGAGGUGCAGCCUGAAAAUUGUGAGACAUUGAAGGCUCUCGGACACGUAUAUAUUCAACUUGAGAAAAAGGAAAGGGCCCAACAACUUCUGAAGAAAGCUACCAAAAUCGAUCCUCAAGAUCCCAAGAUAUUUCUGGAUCUAGGAGAGCUGCUAAUUCCAACAGACGAAUGUGCUGCUUUGGAUGCUUUUAAAACCGCUCAUAAUCUUCUGAAAAGGGGAAAUGAGGAAGUACCAUUAGAGCUGCUCAACAAUAUUGGGGUUCUCCAUUUUGAGCUUGCUCGUGAAAUGUUUAUGGAGGCUCUGGGAGAUGGCAUUUGGAGUAAAUUUUUUGAUGCUAAAGCACAAUCCAGUUUGAACAUUGUGGUACAAUCCAAUUUACUUUACAGAGCACAAUAUCCAACUGAUGCCAGCUCAUCUCUUCGUCAACACAAGGACUUGCAAUUAUUUCAUCGAUUAGAGGAACAGGGUACAUCUGUGGAACUCCCUUGGGAGAAAGUUUCUCCCAUAUUUAAUUUAGCCAGAGUAUUGGAGAAGAUGCAUGACAGUGAAGCAGCUAGCAUUUUAUACCGUCUAAUAUUAUAUAAGUAUCCGGACUACACAGAUGCUUACCUGAGGCUUGCUGCCAUUGCGAGAGCACAAAAUAAUAUUCAACUAAGUUUGGAACUGAUUUGUGAUGCUCUCAAGGUGGAUGAGAAAUGCCCAGAUGCUUUAUUAAUGCUUGGUGACUUGAAUCUCAAGAGUGACUAUUGGGUCAGGGCCAAAGAAAUAUUCCAGGCUGUCGAGAAUUCAACUGAUUGGCAAGAUCGUUAUGCUACAGUUUGUCUGGGAAAUUGGAACUUCGAAGCUGCAAAUCGCAAUGAGAAAAAAGACAGUAAGUUGGAAGCCACGCAUUAUGAGAAGGCAAAGGGACUCUACAGUAAAGUUCUGUUACAGAAUUCUGCUAACCUCUAUGCGGCAAAUGGUGCUGGAAUGGUGUUUGCUGAAAAAGGUCAAUUUGAUGUGGCAAAGGAUCUAUUUACACAGGUUCAAGAGGCUGCAAUCGGAAGUUCUAAUGCCCAGAUGCCAGAUAUCUGGAUCAAUCUGGCACAUGUUCACUUUGGUCAAGGCAAUUUUGCAUUGGCAGUGAAAAUGUAUCAAAAAUGUUUGCAGAAGUUCUAUUAUAAUACAGACAGCGAGGUGCUACUCUACAUUGCGCGCACACAUUAUGAAGCUGAACAGUGGCAAGACUGCAAAAAGGCUUUAUUAAGAGCCAUCCACUUGUCUCCUUCAAAUUACAAAUUUAGAUUUAAUGUAGGAGUUGCAAUGCAGAAGUUCUCCUCUUCAACUCUUCAAAAGAUGAAGAAAAGUGUGAAUGAGGUGUUGGAAACUGUAGCAGAGCUUAAGAAUGCUGUUCGUUUGUUCAGCUUUCUGUCUGCAGGUUCAGACCUUAGUUUUCAUAGAUUUAAUAGGAGGAAAAUAGAAAAUCGUGUUAGAUAUUCCCAGAGCUUGCUUGAUGCUGCAAAAGUUCAUUGUGUGAUUGCUGAGCGUGAAGAGCAGCAAAAUCAGGAAAGAAUAAAGAUUAGGCAUCAGGUGGAACUUGCUUAUGAAUCUCUGAAAAAGGCAGAAGAGCAGAGAAAAUUACAGUUGGAGAGAAAGAAACAAGAGGAUGAACUGAAGCAAGUUAAGCAACAAGAGGAACAUUUAGAGCGUAUCAAGGAACAAUGGAAGAGUAGCAUUACUGCUUCAAAACGGAAGAAUAAGUCUCAAACUAAAGAUGAGAAUGGGAAAGGCGAGAAAAGGAGGAGAAAAGGGGGAAAGCGGAAGAAGGAAAAGAAGACGCAUUAUGAAUCAGAAGCAAAAGCAUCCAAGGAGGUUGCACCUUCCUCAAGCGCCAGGCCCUCCAAAUGA